AUGGUUGAAAUACCUUUCCAAUAUCUUGUUUUAGAUAAUACAUUUGAAUCUAUUAUUAAUUGUUCUGGAGACUUGGAAUUGAAAGAUAAAUUAUCAUUACAAAUGAUUAUGUUAAUUAUUUCAAGAGAUCCUUUUAUUAGUUCAGGUAAUGUUAGAAAACUUUUACCUAAAGUAUCUAAGACUCCUAAAGAAUGUCAAGAAACAAAGAUGAAUUUUUUCAAAGAAAUGAUGAUUGAUUUUGAUACUAAUGAUGAUAAUGAUGAUGAUUCGUCAAACUCAAAUCCGAUUGCAGGUUAUUCUUCUCAGAUGAGAAGCUCAUCUGCUUUAUCUAAUACUGUUUCAUUGGUUAAUGAUGAUUUCAAAAUCUUUCAUUGUCCAUGUGUAUUACCAUAUGUGAAAAUUUUAUCAGGUUUAAAAAAUGGUGAUGAAUAUAAUCCAUCUGUUGUGUUAUUAUGCAAAAAAUCAAAACUUGAAGAAUUGGAUAUUAUGAAAUAUUCCAAUAAAGAUGAAUCAAAUAAUGAUUUUGUUAUUUUGAAAAUUUAUGAUAUUGGAUGGUCACAACUUCAUUUUGAUUCAAAAUUUGAAAGGAGGUAUAAUUAUGAAGAAUUAAGUUUCAAGGAAUACUAUAAGGAACAUAUUUAUAAAGGUUUAUUCUUGAAUGAAUUGAAGAUCAUGAAACGUAUUCAAAAUUAUAAUGAUAAGGAUGAAAAUAAAGAAAAGAAAAUUAACGUACCAACUCUGUUAAAUUAUGGAAUGAUUACAAGUUAUGGAUAUAAUGGUCCUUUUAUCAUAGAGAGCUAUGUUGAUUGUAUCAAAAAUAAACCAUCAAAGGAGAAACAUUUCAAAUUAGGUAUUGAACAAUACAAUAGAUUAUUAGGAAUUGGUAUCAAUCAUAAUGAUAUUGCAAGAAGAAAUGUUGGGUUUGAUGAAGAUGAACAAAAAUUUUGGGUUAUUGAUUUUGAUCAUGGUAAAAUGUUACAUGAAGGGAAGAAGUAUACUUAUCCUAUGGAUUAUGAAACGUUGAAGAGGGAACUCAAAUACUGA